CCCAAUGCUGCACCGGUUGCUUGGGCUUGCUCUUGAAGUUAAUCCGCUUCGCUGCAUUCUAGCCCGAGCACUUGGGGGUCGCUACUGAUGACUGUACAACAGGCCUGCUAUACCCUCGCUACAUCACCCGACGAACACGGAUCAUCAUUCAUUUGUGGUCCAGAAGACUAGUCUUGACUGAAGAACGCUCAGUUAUUGCACUACGAUACAAAAGCAACACGUCGUCUCUGAGGAGGUAACAUCAAGCUCUCUGGGUAAAAGCUUAGCCACCAUCGUCAGAUCCGCAGAUCGAGCAAUGGGUUCGACAGAGAGGAAGAGGCGAUAUGCCCUCAUUGGCACUGGAGGUCGUGCUUCCUUUUACUAUCUCAGCAUCGCCACCACCUAUGGCACCACAGCUGAGCUGGUUGCUUUUCUGGACACCAACCAGACGCGAAUGCAGUACGCCAAUACUCGAUUAGCCCAGGUCUCACACCAUCCCCUUCCGACCUAUCUGCCGAGCGACUUCAAGCGGAUGGUAGAGGAAACGAAACCGGACGAGCUCAUCAUUACCACCAUCGAUAGUACGCAUUGCCACUACAUCCAGCUGGCACAUUCGUACGGACUCGACGUGAUUACGGAGAAGCCCAUGACGAUUGACAUUCCCUCCAUUGAAAAAAUCUUUUCCUCAGUCGAGAGUACGCAACGCCGGGUUCGCGUCACAUUCAACUACCGCUACGCUCCCCACAACACCGCCGUCUGGCAAACCUUACAAUCCGGCGCCAUCGGAUCCAUCCACGCCAUCCACUUCGAAUGGAUGCUCAACACCUCUCACGGAGCAGACUACUUCCGCCGCUGGCACCGCGACCGCGCCAACAGCGGAACCUUGCUCGUCCACAAAUCCACGCACCAUUUCGAUCUCAUCAACUACUGGCUCCAAUCUCGCCCUCAAACUGUCUUUGCCAUGGGAUCUCUCCAAUUCUACGGCCAAUCCAACGCUGCCAAACGCGGCAUCACAAAUUUUUACACUCGCGCGCACGGCGCAGAAUUCGCUCAACAGGAUCCUUUUGCUUUGGAUUUGUCGGCAAAUCCUACACUCAAAGCACUCUAUCUCGACGCGGAGCACGAAGAUGGAUAUUUUCGCGAUCAGAGCGUGUUUGGCCAAGGGAUCAAUAUCGACGAUACCAUGAGUGUUCUCGUGCGCUAUCGCAAUGGUGCACAAUUGACGUAUAGUCUCACCGCGUAUUCCCCCCUCGAAGGAUUUCGCGUGAGUUUUACGGGGAGUAAAGGUCGGUUGGAUUUGGAGGUGAUUGAAAGGAGUUAUAUUAAUUCUGGUGGCGAGCAAAGUUUGGAAGGAGCUUUGGAGUCGAGAUCGUUGAUUUUACGGCCGCAGUUUGGGAAACCCGAGGCUAUAGUUAUCCCUGAGGCUGCGGGGGGUCAUGGAGGUGGUGAUCCGGAGUUGUUGAAUGAUAUUUUUGGGACUCCGGGUGAGGAUGUGUAUCGGAGGCGUGCGUCGCAUGUGGAGGGGGCGUUGUCGAUUUUGACGGGUAUUGCGGCGACGAAGUCGAUUGAGACGGGUUUGCCUGUGGAUGUGGAUAGUUUGAUAGAGGUGUAG